AUGGAAUUGGAUUCCAAUAGUGCCUGGAUUAACUUUAAGAGCUUGAUAUCUUCAAUUAUUGACAAACAUGCACCCAUGAAACAAAAGACAGUAAGGGGUAACGAAUGCAAAUGGAUAAAUCCCGAAAUUCGGCAGAAAAUGGGAGAGCGUGAUUACUAUUUAAAACGAGCGAAGCGAUCUAACAGCGAGAAUGACUGGUCCAGUUACAGGCGACUACGAAAUUCCGUAACAAAUAUAAGGAUUAGUAAAUCGAAAUAUAAUAAACAUUUACUGUAUGAACAGGCGGAUGACCCAAAGCAAUUCUGGAGACAUAUUAAAGCGUGUUUUCCAGUAAAAUCGGAAUCUCAGGAUGUAACAAACGUUUUUAAAGUUGAUGAAAUAAGUAUUACAGAUAAGAAUGAGAUAUCAAAUGGUUUCUGCUCUUACUUCUGUUCAAUUAGUGAGAAGCUGCGGAGAGUUAGUAUAUGGAGGUUUAAUGAGAAUUCCUAUAGAACUUUAAAAGAUCGUGUAAAUCCAAAUAACGAGACAUUUGAAUUUAGACGUGUGGAACCGAUUGACGUUUUUAAUGAGUUAAGGCAAAUAAAGAAGGGCAAAGCUACUGGAUAUGACAAAAUACCGCCAAACCUAAUUCGAGAUGCCGCAGAAGAAAUAGCAACACCUCUAUGUUAUUUAGUCAACAUGUCACUCCAGAAAGCUCUGUUCCCUUCGGCAGAAAAAUAUGGCAAGAUAGUUGUACUGGGAGUGCCAGUAAAUGUGGCCGAAAACAGGUUUCAACUCACUUUAAUUAUCAAAAUGUAUGGAAAAUUACAAAAUAGUAAAUUUAGUUAG